AUGGCUUCUUCUGUCUCGGAAGACAAUGGAUGCGCCCAGAUCUAAUAAUAGCGUAAUACGAAUAAAACUAAGGCGUAGAAUUACGCACCACGAGCACUUGGGACUUAGCCUCCUCACUCUACUGAACGUGCUCUCCAAACUCAAAAUUUGGAAAUACAGUCUAGACCUCUCUGUUGACUUAACUUAACCUUCUACUUUAGAUUUAUUCGACAAUUUGUGGCCACAAAGUGGCUUCGCUGGACAAUAAUUUGCACAAUCUCGGGUAGGUCCAAUAUUGCUGGAAGCAGACUGAAAAUAGACCCGAUUGUGACCGUAACAGCAGUCGUAUCUGUAAUUCAACAACGGCAAAUCAAAUUAGAAUAAUAAUUUUGGGAAACGAUGAGGUGGGGCCUACUUUCUGCCACUCUUACCUCGAAACUGCUACUCUUGUUCAUUGCAGUAAAAGCAGACAAGCUGCCUCCAGGUGGAGUGUCGACUUUUGGAAAGCUAUUCUACGCUACCUUUCCUGAAUCACUAGCCAAAACGGAAAUACACUGUUUGCUGUAUACCAAAGAGUUUACAAUAUUUAAUGUGAAACGUUCAACACUAGGGCAUGGCGGCAACGAAACUACUACGUACCCACUGACAAACGAAAAGCCAACCACUGUUGUCUUCUACAAACCUCGUCUUAGAUUUUUUCACCCCCGGACACACUCAUUCACUGACAUAUUGCAAGGACAGUACCCGUUCCAGGUCACGUGCUACUCGGUCAAUGCUCAAGGUAUUCCACACGCAGCCAUGACAGUUGUACCGGCGGAAGGAUUGGGCAAGGUCUACCUCGUUCCGAUAAUACUUUAUCUCACCUCCUUCCAAAUUUUCAAUGGUGAUGUUGAACUCAUUUUAACUAUUAGAGAAACGUACAUCACACCAGAUGGCUCUGAGAAAAAUUAUGUCUCCAUUCGAGAUCCCAAUCUAGAACAAUAUUUUUUAAAAAGUUUUGAAACUCUGAGCGUUCAAUACUGCAACAAUAAUGAUAGAGACAAAUUAAAAGCCUAUACAAUAAAAGGAGAACACGCAUUUGGAGUUGUUACUGGAACUUGCUUACAAGAAUCUGACCAUCCAAAUGCCACCCGGUGCCAGCCAGACUCUGCCCUUGAUAUGCUGCUGCCCUUGACGGAAUAUUUUACAUUUUUUAUUGUCGCUAUACCUCGAAAUUUUUCUGCCAACAUUUCUGUUUCGUUUACCGGCAUCACAGAAAUCUUCGUCAAUAACGAUCGUAUCGGAGUGUCCCACAAGCAGGAAGCGUCUAGAAAUCUCGGCGAAUAUAAGGGAUUGCAUGUGAUAAUACUUUCCAAGCCAGCCUACUUGGCUGUUGAACUUUAUGGCCCGUGUCCAUUUGAUAAAAGCAGAAUAUGGAGAGUAAUGACCUUCUCGGUACUGCCACGAUCGGUUUAUAUAGAUUCGUAUAUUUGGGCGACUGCGUUUCAUAAAAGCCAUGAGCAGUACAUUCUGGUUGUAUACAAAGUUCCACAUCAGUUUAAUAUACUAUUAGAUGGAUUCAGCAUAUACAGAAUACUGGGCCCAGCGAGAUAUGACGAGACGGUCCGACAACGUUUUUACUUCGCGUCUGUGGAACUUGAUUGCACCCCUGGACGGCACCAACUCUACAGCAUCAACGCCCAGAAAUUCGGGGCUUACUUGUAUGGUUUUGAAAAGUACACGCAGUCCAAACUCUUUAUGACUCCACUCGGCUUUGUGUCACAGCCUGGAGUACAAUUGGCGGAGUGGAACCACACUCACUUGACAUGUGAAGCGGACUAUAACAAGAAGGCCUAUAGCAACGCCGAGGGAGACCUCAUUGAUAACGAUUGUGACUCGGUUGUGGAUGAAGAAUUAAUGGACGGAAAAGAUAAUGAUAAUGAUGGGAGCAUCGACGAGGAUUUAGCGGCGCCAUUUAUACGCAAUGGCGAGUGGUCUACUUGGGAACCCUGGCAGUGUGAAAAUGCCAAUGAAAAGGUGAAAAACAGGGAAAGAUUUUGCAACAAUCCCCCUCCAAUAAACGGUGGCUUUUUCUGUUACGGAAAUGCGUCUGAUACAAGUUCGGCCAAUUGCACGCAUCUCAUCGAUGGAAUAGCGGACGGGCAAAUGAUCAUUAUAGCUGUGAACUGUUUGUGUGAGGAAAAGUCCAUUUUGAUGGCAAACAUAACGAGAGAGUGCCAACCACCUGAUAAAGGAGGUGUACCAUGUCUAGGAGAAACACAACUUAUAUAUCCGCAUGACUCUUGUCUAAAGGGCUGCUAUAGAAAGGAAAUCUGCAGCUUCGAAAGAGUUUACAACAUAGAGACCAGAUUGGAUCGAUCAUAUGCAAGGGCCUACAAUAACACAAGCCUAGAAGACUGUACAUUUUUAUGCUCGAAUGUCCCUGAUUGUCAAGGUUUCGUCCUCUGGUUUAACAUUCCUGACAAACCUUUUUGUUGGUUGUAUCAUCGCCUGUCAAGCGGCAAGGAACUACCUUUAUAUAAUACGUACAUACAGAGAUGCAACAUGGUUUGUGAAGCUGGAUAUCAAGCGAUUGUAAGUAAUUUGAGGGACCAAGCUACGUGCACCAAAUGCCCGUUGGGUACAUAUAAGAGUUUGACAUCUGCCAAUCCAUGCCGGUCCUGUCCAGCCCACAAGACUACUGCCGUUGGUGGAAGUACAGGCUCAGAAGAUUGCAUUGUUGUCUCCUGCGAUCCUGGUUUUUACUUGAUGUACGAAACUACUUGCAAGCCUUGUAAAUUGAAUACUUACAAACAAGUCAAAGGAAAUCAGAGCUGCCUUCCAUGUCCGACAGAUAAAUUCACGACCAAUGUUGGGAGUACACAUGUUAACAACUGCACCAUCAUUCUGGCUACUACUGCAUUGAAGACAACUACUAGCACAACACCGUCAACUACAAUGACACCAUUCUCUACGCCAACUGCACAACCGAAGCUGACCAUAGUCCUUACAACCUUUAUACCAAUGACACUGAAAAAGAAAUAUCCUGGUAAGUGGGGAGGCUGGUCUGAAUGGAGCUGCUUAAAGAACUGUACAGUCAAGUCUAUUGUAAGAACCAGACUAUGUCUAGAUCCGCCCGAAGGACCAAGAGACUUUGAGUGUCCAGGUUUUGCGUAUCAGCUGGGCAAAGACGCAGGCUGCAAUUUGAUAUGCGCCACAAAUUGUCCUCAUGGUUUCUGGGGCUUCAAUUGUUCCAAGACGUGCCCACAAUGUGUCUCAGACUGCGACAAGGAGACGGGCAUAUGUACUAAAUGUGUACCAGGAUUCAGACAUCCAAUCAAGCAUUGCACUGACGCUUGUGGUGAGAUGACGUAUGGGGCUGAAUGUACCGGUGACUGCGCCAAGAAAUGUGCUGGACAGGACUGUAUUGAAAGAGUAGAAGGGACCUGCCCAUCGCAAUCCAUCUGGCGGAGUAAUUGGUGGUUAGUCGCAUUGGUUCUUCUAAUCAUUCCAAUUAUUAUUUUGGCCAGAGUAAGUGGUCGAAAGGCGAGGGAGCAGUAUGAAAUCGCAGAGGCCAUUGAGAUAUUUGGUGGCGAAGACAAUGCAGACAAUGUUGAAGUUACGCAAAGCGAGAUUUCCAAACCAAAGAGCCUUGUCUCCCAACAGACAGAAAUCUCAAGGAUCUUUGAAAGCAAAACAUCUCUGAGCACGUCCGUCUAACAUUUGGGAUUUUCCAACCACAGCGUGUUCCUUAUUCUGUAAAUUAUGUUGUAAAUUAUGUGCUAAGCCUAUUUUAGAUGGACAAUAGGGGGACCUACGUGACGUGCUAGGGGUAAACGUACGGACAUAUAAUCGAUAACUUCCUUAGUUGUUAAAAGGAGAUAAUUACAGUGUAUCUGAGUUUUAGUACAUUUUAGUUAAUUGGUAGAACUAAUUAAAUAUUGUUAUGUGCUAUGUUAUUGUUGCAAAUCAAUAUAUAUAUAU